CCCCCCCCCCCCCUGCUCCUCACAUUGGUCUCGGCCGAGACACGAGGAGAGUGCUACUUCCUAGCCAGCCAGCCCGCAUUCCUCAAGACGGGCUUCUCUUUCUCCUGGAGCUCCCUUUUGACCACGUUCUACCUUGUUCAAACUACAUGCCUCUUUCAGUACGAAAUUCACCCUCCAACCGUCCUAUUUCGAGGUGUGCCCUUGUCGAGUUACUUGUCGAGUCUUUACAACGAAGAUUCUUAACGUCCUCGUGUCCGCAGAGCCAUCCGAUCGCGGAACAUGGAACAUCGUUCAAUGGCCGAAGAUCGCGAGCCUCGUAGCCUUAGCUCGACGUCCCCGGAUACCGGCCCGGGCCUGGCUACGGGGAGAUACGCCGGUACCGGUACUACACCAUUUUCUCCUCCGGCAGGCCACUCCAUCCGCCGUUCCAUGACCCUAGACGAAGGCCCCCGCUUUCGCCGGCACGGACCCUCGCACCCGGACUCCUUUGACGCGCCCCGAAGGAGGAGCACGACCAGCCUGGACGAGGCGCGGGAGCUGUUCAACCCCCAACCGAACGGCGGUCGGCUCCCCGAGGAGGAAGGCUCAAACUGGGCCUCCGUCCCGCUGGCCUUUGCUCUGCUGCCCGCCCUCGGAGGCAUAUUCUUCCAGAAUGGCAGUGCUGUCGUCACCGACGUGAUGCUUCUGGGUCUUGCUGCCAUUUUUCUUCAUUGGUCCGUCACGCAGCCAUGGAGAUGGUAUCAUUCCGCACAGGAAGUACGUGUGCGGGAAGAAGGACAUUACGACUUCGCCGUGGAUUACGAAAGUGAGGAGGCGGACCAUGUGAGCGUGUCCGAGACGGGACAGCCCAGCUCGUCUUCUGGGAAGGCUAAGGCGGUGCCUGGCAAGGCCUCAUCCCUACGAGAGGAGGAACCCGUUCCGCCGCCGCCGAAACGAAACACAGAGCGUGAAGCGGCGAGGAGGGACGCGCUGGCCGAGCUUUACAUUCACGAGGUAUCGGCUUUGGCGUCGUGCUUCUUAUUGCCCGCACUGGGGGCAUACCUUCUCCACACCAUCCGCGCGCAGCUGAGCCGGCCAUCAGAAGGCCUGGUGUCCAACUACAACCUCACCAUCUUCCUGCUGGCAUCCGAGCUACGACCCUUGUCGCACCUGAUGCGCUUGGUGCAGUCUCGGACGGUUCACCUACAGAGGAUCGUACACGAAAACCCGUACGAGCAAGAGCCGAGCGGCGGCGGCCCCAGACAAAUCAACGAGGUCCUGGAGAGGCUGGAGGUGCUGGAAUCCCGACGGGACCCGAACCCGCCGGCGCCAACGGACAGGGGGGCGUCGGAGCUGGCCAGGGCGAAACAAGAAGCGGCCAUGGUACGCGACAUACGGAACGCCAUACAGCCCGAGCUGGACGCCUUGAACAGGGCCGUCCGGCGUUACGAGAAGAAGGCGACGGUGCAGGCGCUGCAGACGGAAUCCCGGUUCGGCGUGGUCGACACGCGGCUGAACGACGCCAUCGCGCUCGCGGCGGCCGCGGCGAAGAACAGCGCGGCGGCGCCGGGUUUCCUGCAGUGGCUGGUCGAAUCGGCCGUCGGGUUGGUCGUGCUGCCUUUCCGAGCGCUCGUUUCCUUGGUCAUGUUCCCUUUCCGGACCUUGGUCGGGUUUGUGUCACGCAAGAACAGGACGUCGGGGAAGUCUUCAAGGUCAGGGCGGGCAUCGAAAUCGCUUAAUGACUCUCGUUGGUUGCGUGGUGAUCGACAGCUGUCCGGGCGGGCUGCAAGGUGAUCGAGACGACGAGGUGGCGGGACAGGGACGGUUUUCCUACGGCAUUUGCUAUUGAAAGAAGCGUCGUACUUACCCCUCUGUGUCACUCCUGUCUCUCUGCUGUCUCUGGUUCGAUUCGUUUUGCCAUUCUGGUCAUCGCAAUCUUGAGAGAGAAGAUGGUGAAGGGUCUCAGUGGACGCCCAGCAGUUUCGUUGAGCGUCGAGUGGAUGGACCCCCAGGUAGCUCUGUACAGGGGAAAAGGGGUCGUAUGCAUUUGAUAUCCACCAACGACGUGUCUCAACGCGGCCAUACUCCGUACAGGUACUACAUAUCUACACGUACCGCGAACGUUUAUUUGCGUAUCUUGUACUGCCC